CUCCGCCAGAGGCAUGCAGUUAUACAUUCACUUGUGUUUCAACAAGCAGUUCACCAAUCAGUUGCAAGAUAAGGUCAGACUCUGGACUGUUCUGGAUUUGGACAGGAAGUCACAGACACUGAGGCUGCAGAAGCCAGAGUGAUGGGGACACAUCCAGCCCUGAUGUUCUUCCUGCUGUUUUCAGCAACUCUGUCUUCCAGCUGUGAUGGUGGGAAAGUGCUAGUUUAUCCUAUGGAUGGGAGCCACUGGCUUAACAUGAAAAUCCUUGUGGAGGCACUCCAUUCAAGGGGCCAUCAAAUCACUGUGUUACGUACCUCCACCAGCUGGUACGUUUCUGAAUUCUCACCCCAUUACACCUCCAUCACGGUCAUCCAGGAACAACCCCAAAACAUAGAAAGCCAAGACUUCAUGACCUCUUUCUUGGAAAGGUCACUUGAGAUCCGCCAGAAUGAAGGCUCCCUAUGGGCAUUUUUUGAGUUUUAUAGCAACCUUUUCAACAUGGUUAGAGAAAAUCAUAAAGCUGUGGUAAAAGUAAUCAACAGCAUCUUUGAGAAUAAGACAUUGAUUAGGGAGCUGAAUGAAACUGGAUAUGAUCUUUUCCUGACUGACCCUGCUUUUCCGGCUGGAGUGAUUUUGGCACACUAUUUCCAGCUUCCCUUGGUUCUCAAUGUGCGCUGGAUUGCCACUGGGGAGGCACACUUUGCCAUCGCCCCAUCUCCACUGUCCUACAUUCCUGCAUUAUUUUCCCAAUACUCUGACAAAAUGUUUUUUUUUCAAAGAAUCAAUAAUGUAAUCUAUCAUGGCAUGUUGGUUUACAUGCACUACUAUAUCGCCAUUCCGCCAUACCAGGCUAUAUGCGACCGUUAUUUUGGAAAUGAUGUCAACGCCAUGACUCUAACACAAGGAGCUGAUCUCUGGCUAAUGCGGGUUGAUUUUACUUUCGAGCUCCCUCGUCCCACCAUGCCCAAUGUUGUCUACAUUGGAGGCUUCCAGGGUAAGCCUUCCAAGCCUCUUCCACCAGAUUUUGAAGAUUUUCUGGAGAGUUCUGGUGAACAUGGGGUAAUCAUCAUGACCCUGGGGACCUUGCUUGGUGACCUCGGCCCCGACAAAUCAGAGAUCAUUGCCUCGGCAUUUGCCAGCCUUCCUCAGAAGGUUGUGUGGAGACAUGUUGGGAAAAGACCAGUCUCUCUGGGGAGCAAUACCAUGCUGAUUGAAUGGCUGCCUCAAAAUGAUAUACUAGGCCACCCUAAAACAAAGGUUUUUAUCACACAUGGGGGCACUAAUGGCCUCUAUGAGGCCAUCUACCACGGUGUUCCAGUUUUGGGCAUUCCUCUCAUCUUUGACCAGUAUGACAACAUGGUGCGUAUGAGGGCCCGGGGGGUGGCUGAGAUAGUUGAAGUGACAACACUGGAUGCUGAGUCUUUCACAAGCGCUCUGAAAAAUAUUCUCAACCCAGAAAAGGCCUACAAGCAGAAUAUGCUCAAACUGUCACAGCUUCAUCAUGACAAACCAAUAAAACCUCUUGACAAUGCAGUUUUCUGGAUGGAGUACGUCAUGAGGCACAAGGGUGCAGCACAUCUGCGCACUGAGUCAUAUAAGCUACCAUGGUAUGCUUACUAUUGUGUAGAUGUGAUGGCAGUCUUUGUAGCAUUUGGGUUGGUCAUCACUGCAUUGUUCUGGGUUUCCUGUAGAUGUUGCAUAAGAUGUUUGAUGAGGACCAAGAAGCCCAAGCAAGACUAGAUGACAUGACAAAGAAAGCCCUGCACUGUAAUAUAAAUGUUCUAAAAACUAUGGGAUAGCAGCAAUGAAUAACUUUUAGGAUUUGGAUAGUUAGCUUUCUAACCCAAAGGUCAACAUUUAAAAUAAAAUUGUGAUGCAAUUUAAAAUUAAAGAACUAACAGCAACAAGUUGCCCAUUUUUCUAUAGGAAUAUGGGCCUGUUUAUCAUUGUGAUCCUGGCAAAAAAUUUCACAUUAUAAUUCUGAUUAUUGCUUUCAAUCAUUUCCAUGAGUCAUCAUGAUUUUGUAUGCUUGUAAUUACAAAAUAUUGCCAAAAUAAAACCAUCUUUGUUUUUGACUACAUAAUACAUUGUUUUGCAUAUAUAGAUUUAGUUUUUUAAAUUUUUUUCAAAAGGCCUUCCUUUAAAGGCUGCAUCCUUUCAUGGAUGUAGCUCCUAGAUCUAGACACAGGUCAUUACUGACAAACAGUGCAUAUACAUCGAUCAGGCAUAAAAUUGUCACCACCUGCUUAAUAUUGUGUUAGUCUCCUUUAUGCUUCUAAAACUCUUUUGACCCAGUGGGGCAUGGACACAGGACCUCUGGGGAUGUCCUGUGGCGCCUGGAUGGUGGCAAUGAAUUCUGUGGGUCCUGUCGGCUGUAGGGUGGGACCUACCUAGAUCAGGCUUAUCCUGGUACAUCCCACAGAGGCUAAAUAAGACUUUGGAUCAGGGGAAUGUGGAACCUAUAUGAACACCUUAGCUCUGUUGUGUUUCCUGGGCCACUCCUGAGCAGUUUUUGUAGUGUGUCGUGGUGUAUUGUUCUGCCGAGGGUGACAACUGGCAUCAAGGACUGCUGUGCCAUUCAGGGGGUUGCUUGACCUGCAAUGUUUAAGUUGGUGAUUUAAGUCAACCAAAUUAAUACAUGGUAAUUAUACAAAUUGUGUGUUUUUUCAUGACAGCUGUGGCCAGAGACAAUAUAGUGUCCAUGAAAAGUAUUCAUCCCCCUUAAAACAUUUAACCAUGGUUUAUAUAAUUUAGUUUUUUUAGACAAAAAUUUACCACAAAAGACUUUUAUGUUAAAGUAAAAGAUUUGUAAAACAGAGAUUUCUACAAAGUAAUGUCAGUGAAUUAAAAUUUUAAAACUUAAAAUAAAUGACUGCAUAAGUAUUCACCCAGUUCAAGUUAGCAUUUAAUAGAUGCACCUUUCACCAUCUGGAUUGGCAAUUUUAUCUUGUUCUUCUUUGCAGAACUGCUAAAGCUCUGCCAGGUUACAUUGUGAUUGUAAGAGAGAAACUUUUUUCUAGUCCAUCUACAAAGUCUCUGUGGAUUGAGGUCUGGGGUCUUAUUCAUCUUGUUGGACAACUGCAUCAGGUUGACCUGCAGCAUUUCCCUAUACUUUGCCUAUUCAUUUUACCUUCUAUCUUUACAAGCCUUCCAUGGCCUGCUGCAAAAUCAUCCAUAUGUUUGAUGCUGCCACCACCAUGCUUCACAGUAGAGACAGAGUUUUAGAUGUACAGUAUUUGAUGUCUGCAAUAGUGUCCAGUCUAAUUGCCACAAAGUACAAUUUGUUCUAUCAGACUAAAGAACCUUCUUCCAGUUGAGUCUCCCACAUGCCUUGAGAUUUGACAUGCUUUUUUCAACACUGGCUUUCUCUUUGCCACUCUACCACAAAGCUUAAACCUGUGAAGAACAGGCAACGGUUGUUCUUUGCACAAUCUCUCACAUCUCAGCUGCUGAAGCUUGUAACUUUUUCAGAUGAGUCAUAGGUGUCUUGGUCCGUCACUGUUUUUGAACUUGAACAGUCAUUCAAUUUUUGAGCACAGAAGAUGAGCCUAGUAUUGAAAUGUCAGUAAAAUGGUGAUAUGACCAUUGAAAGUGUACCCAAAAGGCACUUUUCAAAGUUAUCUUCUUUAAAUUGAUGCAGUUUUGCUGUCACACCUCUUUCCAAUAUAUUAAGAGGGCAACAACGUUUCUUUAACAAGUUCCCGUUUUAAACCUCCAGAGACAUGCUUUGCAUUAUGCAAUCUUUUCCCCACAACACAUGAUUCCUAUCAGAUCACAAACCUAUUAAAACAGUGACACAUCAAGAGUUGAAUUU